UGUGAAACAUAGCGUUUUUUUUUUUAAUUUUUUAUUUUCUCCAUAAGAAAUUAUGGACAUAACUUUUUUCACAGCCAAAGAAGCCCCCACAACCUUCUUCAACCAAAGCCAUGAUCAUCAUCAUCAUCUUCACUUCUCCAACUUAGACAUGCAAAGCUCCACCAGCCAUUCCUCCGAGUACUCGCCCGAACAAUCUCCGUCUGCUGCUGCUGCUGCUGCUGCUGCUACUUUGGCCGCCACCGGAAAAUGGUCCUCCACCCUUCUCAAGGAGUGUGCUAGAGCCAUCUCUGAAAAAGACUCCAACAAAAUCCACCAUUUUCUUUGGAUGUUGAACGAGCUAGCUUCCCCUUAUGGUGACUCCGAUCAGAAAAUGGCUUCCUACUUCCUCCAAGCUCUCUUCUGCAAGGCCACUGAAACUGGCCUCACUUGCUAUAAAACCCUUGUCGCCAUCGCCGACAAGAAUCAUUCCUUCGACUCUUCUCUCAAGCUCAUCCUCAAAUUCCAAGAGGCAAGUCCGUGGACAACAUUCGGGCAUGUGGCAUCGAACGGUGCGAUUCUCGAAGCUCUCGAGGGAGAAACCAAGCUCCAUAUCAUCGAUAUAAGCAACACCCUUUGCACCCAAUGGCCAACCCUACUAGAAUCCCUAGCCACGCGCAAUGAUGACACUCCACAUCUCAAGCUCACCGUGGUCACAACAACAACCAUUGUUAAGUCUCUAAUGAAGGAAAUAGGGCAAAGAAUGGAGAAAUUCGCAAGGUUAAUGGGAGUCCCGUUCGAGUUUAACCCGAUAACGAAUCUCGAAAACUUAACCGACCUUACAAAAGAAGCACUCAAAGUAGAAGAAGAUGAAGCCAUUGCCAUAAAUUGCAUUGGAGCUUUAAGAAGAGUGAGAAUUGAAGAAAGAAACAAUGUGAUAUCAAUGUUGAAAUCAUUAAAGCCUCGAGUUUUAACAAUUGUAGAGGAAGAAGCGGAUUUCAUAAGCUCAAAAAACAACUUCUUGAAGUGUUUUGAAGAAUGUCUUCGAUUCUACACUCUUUACUUUGACAUGUUGGAAGAUAGCUUUGUGACAACAAGCAAUGAGAGAUUGGUAUUAGAAAGAGAAUGUUCAAGAAGCAUUGUGAGGCUUUUGGGGUGCGAUGAAAGUGAAGAACAAAUGGGGAGUGAGAGAAGAGAAAAAGGAAAACAAUGGAGCAAAAGGCUUAAAGAAUCAGCCUUUUCAUUGGCUGAAUUUAGUGAAGAUGUAUUGGAUGAUGUUAAGGCUUUGCUCAAAAGGUACAAACCCGGUUGGGCGCUUCUGCGUCGAGCCGCCACCACCGCCACCGCCACCGGAGAAGUACACGAAAGAGAUGACGAUUCAUGUGGAGUUUACUUGACAUGGAAGGAAGAACCAGUGGUGUGGGUUUCAGCAUGGAAACCCUAGAGGAAUAUGUCAUUUACUAUUAUAACACCACUCUAUAUUCAUAAAGGAGUUCUUAUUUUUGUAUGAAAAUUGUUAUAUAUAUGUCUAGAUUUUGUAUUCAAAUUCUUAAUUUCUUGGGGUGUUUUUUAAUGGUUUUGCUUGGUUCUUCUUUUUUGUUUAUGGAUGGACUUUGCUUAGUUUCA